AUGACAGUAAAUGUUGCUGGACGCCUGGGGAAUUUAAUGGGGGAAUAUGCUACGGUCUAUGGCCUUGCAAGACUUAACGGUUACCAAGCCUACAUCUUACCAAAAAUGCAUGAGCAGUUAUCGAAAAUCUUUAAAAUUCAACUGCCUGUGCUUAACCAAGAGGUCGCUGAUCAUAUUAAUUGGACAGAUUACACAAUACGUAAUUUCAUGUCUCCAGAGUACAAAAACAUCCAAGGAGAGUAUGUAAAACUGACUGGUUAUCCUUGCUCUUGGAACUUUUAUGACUAUUUAAGAGAUGAGAUUUUCAAAGAAUUCAGUUUUCAUGAAUGGAUUAAAGAAGAGAGCUAUGCUUAUCUUGCUAAAGUACGAGGGAAUAAGAAAAAUGUUACCUUUGUUGGGGUGCACGUCCGCAGAGGAGACUAUGUAAAGAUUAUGGAAAAUAAGGAUGGGGUUGUCGGUGAUAAAGAAUAUUUGCAGAAAGCCAUGGACUAUUUUAGAAAUAAAUAUCAAAACCCCAUAUUUGUAGUGGCCAGUAACGGCAUGGAUUGGUGCAAGGAGAAUAUAAACAAUUCCGUUGGGGAUGUCCACUUUGCUGGAGAUGGCAUAGAAGGUUCUCCUGCCCGUGACUUUGCCCUCCUGGUACACUGCAACCACACUAUUAUGACUAUAGGAACAUUUGGGUUUUGGGUUGGGUACAUGACAGGAGGUGAAACUGUCUACCUUGCAAAUUUCUCAUUAACUGACUUCCGUCCCUACAGACGUAUGAUAAAUGCAGCUUUUUAUCUUCCUGAAUGGAUUGGGAUUCCAGCAAACCUCUCUCACCUUCUGAAAAAGGACAACUCAUAA